AUGCUGACCAAUUUCCCUGCGGAGCUGCUUGACGCCAUCAUUGCGCACCUGCCCGCAGAUCGCCACGUCAACUCCCUGGCUCAAACAAGUCGUCACCUUUAUUUGGCUGUCAAUCCCUCUUUAUAUCGUCGAAAGCCUUAUGCACUUUCAUGGGCUGCUGAAAAUGGGCGAAUAACAACAGCACAGCUAGCUUUGAAUGGCUGUCCAGACCUGGAUCUCGAUGAGGCAGCAUCGAAUACCGGCGAGAGCAUCUUGAGCUUGGCUGCCAAGAAUGGACACAAGCACAUGGUGGAAUGGCUGCUGGCCAAGAAUAUAAUCCAUGUGAAUCACCGCGAUGAGGCAACCGGUCGCACGGCUUUGAUACAUGCCAUCGGAGAAGGCCAUAUAGACAUCAUCAAAACACUGCUGGCACAUCCUUACAUUGAUGUGAAUCUCCAGGCCACGGGCUUCCCCUACUCACCUUUUGGAUUGGCUGUUGAAAUCGGAAACGAGCACGUGGUGAAGCUGCUACUGCAAGUACCAAACAUUGAAGUUGAUGUUCGUGACGGCGCUGGAAAUACACCACUCAUGCAUGCUGCUGAUGCCGGCGCAGUGUCCAUCGUCAAGCUCCUGCUGGACACUGGAAAAGUGGAAGAUGGUUCAGAUGACUUUGAAAAUAUUCCUCCUGCUGCUUGGUUAGCCGCUUUGACCUUUUCACGCUAUGGAAAACCGGAACAGCUGGAAGUGCUGAAACUUCUCCUUGAUGAUCCUAAUGCCAGGCCAGAUUACAGAGGCGACAAUGGUGACACAUUUCUAAUUUGGACAGCCAGAACUGGCUUACUGGACGUCGUCAAGAUAAUUAUCAAGUCUGGAAAGUUCGACAUCGGCGCAGCUAACCAUGCUGGAGCAACUGCCUUCUCAUGCGCAGCUGGCUCCUCGUUGCAGGUUAUGAAGUGUCUCUAUCAGACGGGCGAAAUAGACAUCAACAAGCCAGAAACCGGCUUUAGCCCCAUCAGGGUCGCGAUUCGGUCAAACUAUCGUUGGUCUGUAGAAUGGCUUCUCUCCUUGGACGGCUUGGAUGUCGAAGCACGAGACCGCUCCGGGUACACCUUGCUGGAACAUGCAGUGUGCAACGAUCUUCCCGACAUGGUGGACGCACUAUUGACCUCGCCCAAAAUUGACCCAAAUACAAAAAAUAAGCACGGCGAGACGCCGCUACAUCGGGCAGCGAUUCAAGGCAACGACAAGCUGGUCAAAAGGCUUGUGGAUUCGCCAAAGGUGGAUGUCAAUGCUGGCGACAAGCGUGGCCGGACUGCGAUCUCCUGGGCCGUGGAGAUGGGAUUCAACGCUGUCACGAUGGCCAUUCUCACGUCGGGUAGGGCAGACAUACUGAAGGCUGAUCUGGAUGGGGUAACGCCCUUGGCGCUGGCUAAGCGCAACAGGAGCUCAGUCUGCGUUCAAUUGAUGUGGAAUUCGGGCCUGCUGGAUUUCAAGUUGGAGCAAGAUGGAUCGACUGAAGCGCGGCGGCCGUUGGAUCACAGGGCACAAGAGUAUAUCGACAAGUAUUUGACGGAAGAUCGGCUUCAAUGGGCGGGGCAGGAUGAUUGA